AUGACGUCUUCUUCUCCAGUGAAAAAGACACCGAUGAAAACUCCGAAAUAUCAUAGAACCGUCUUCGGCAAUAUGAGUCCUAAUCUUGUUAACCAAAGUACAAAUUCCAUUUUCACAGGUUCAAAGGGCGUACUUUCACCAAACUUUCACGUUGUGAACUCGGACUGGAAUUCCACCUUUGCAGCAAAACCAUCAUCCACUUCUUCUCAAGCAGCUAAUAGCGAUAGCAAUAAAGUCUCCAAAAUCAAAAGCAACAAAUCAAGUUCCAAUUUGGGAUCUUCAAGAAAAAUCCGCCGGACAAAUACGAACGAAUUUUUAGAUAGGUUUAUUCCUUCUCGUCAAACAACUUCAGGCAAACUAACAAUAGAGAAAACAAAAUCACUACCCUCUUUUGCAAUGCCUUCGGAUCACAUAGAAUCGCAAACAUCCGAGAUAUACCAAAACACUGUAGCAGAAGCAUGCGGGCUCGAAGUUGGUCAAAGAAUAUUGCAGUUUCAGCCUGUUCCUCCAGAAAGCAAAAAUUCAUUGAGAAGAGUUGCUUCAAAUAAUUCCAACACCAUGAAAUGUAAAUUCAAAACUAGACAAAUGAUAUCUACAUUUGCUGCACAAGCACGAAUGAAGAAAAUACCCUCAUGUCCGGAAAAAGUUCUGGAUGCACCAGGACUUGUUGAUGACUUUUAUUUAAAUCUAAUCUCGUGGUCCGAAGAUAAUGUUCUUGCAAUUGCGUUGGGCAGUUCGGUAUAUUGCUGGAAUGCCAAUUUCGGCUCAGUUGACUUAGUAGCUGAAUGUGACUCGAUCGUAACAUCGAUAAGGUGGUCCCCAGAUGAUUACUACCUUUCAAUUGGCCUAGACAAUGGCAAUAUUGAAAUUUGGGAUAUCGAAGCCAACUCCAAGCUACGGACCAUGAGCUGCAGUAAUUCCAGAAUUGCAGUUCAGGAUUGGAGUGAACAUAUUUUAACUUCUGGUUCAAGAAUGGGCCAAAUAUUGAACAACGAUGUGAGGGUAUCAGAUCACAUAACCUCAAAGCUGGAGUACCAUACAGCGGAAGUCUGCGGACUACAGUGGAGGCCUGACGGUUUACAGCUUGCAAGUGGUGGCAACGAUAAUGUAGUCAAUAUUUGGGACUGUAGAAACUCGGUGCCUGUGUUCACGAAAACCGCCCACAAUGCGGCAGUCAAGGCUAUUUCAUGGUGUCCAACACAAUUAAGCUUAUUGGCAACGGGAGGGGGUAGCGCUUGUAAGAAGAUCCAUUUUUGGAACUCCAAUACUGGCUGCCGAAUCAACACGAUUGAAACGGACUCUCAAGUGAGCUCCUUGCAAUGGGGCUACUCAAACGGCAUCGGCAAGGAGAUUGUGUCAACGCACGGGUUCCCGAACAACCAGAUCUCCGUCUACAGUUAUCCAAGUCUACAGAAGACGGGGGUGAUAGUCGACGCACACGAGAGCCGGAUUCUCAACAGCCAGCUUUCACCAAACGGUACAAUUCUGGCCACCAUUGCAGCCGACGAGAACCUUAAGUUCUGGAAGCUGUUUGACGAACAACCACAGGCUCCAAAAGAUGUUUUCAACACAUCGACUACAGGUAAAGAAAUGGGGAAGGUAAUGACCAUCAGGUAG